ACUGUUGGCGCGCUUCAUGAAAGUCGCGUUGCGAAUAUGCGACUGAUGGUCAAGGAUAGGUCCAUUGUAGACAUGAGCUUCUAGAAAUCGCAACCUUACGUCCCUUUGGAAUAUCCAAGGCAUUAAGGAUGGUGCAGGAUGAAUUCACCCGUUCCAUGUCUCAAGGGGGCUGAAAGAGGAAGCAGGUAAAAGAAAAGACGAGAGGCAGAGUAGCCAAUAUUCAUGAAGGAAUGUUUAAGAGCACUUUGACUUUCGUGGAACUUAUCACAGAGAAUCGGUUACUCUUGCUUACUGCACUCAUCGUUUCUUGGAUAAGUUUCAAACUUUCACAGUUAUUGUUGAUCUAUUUGAAAUACACUGUUGGAGUAUGGUGCUUAUCUAAACGGAAAACACUUCGUCAGGCUGGUGAAUGGGCAGUUGUCACUGGUGCAUCGUCAGGUAUUGGUGAAGCGUAUGCAGAAGAACUGGCCACAGAAGGUCUCAAUAUCAUGCUUAUCAGUAAUGAUGAGAAACAACUGUCGUCCGUUGCUAAACGAAUCGCAAAUACCUACAAUGUUCAAACACGAAUUGUGGUUGCAGAUUUCACUAAAAAUGAUGUUUAUGAAAUAAUAAGACCUGCUGUUGACCAACUGUCCACAAUUGCUUGUUUAGUUAACAAUGUUGGUAUGGUGUUACCCUUCGAGUUGUUUGCUGGAGAAGUUGAUUCACCGAAUGAAGAAUCAAUUAGAAAUAUCAUUCAUUGUAACAUUUUAUCUACACUGAUAAUGACAAACAUGAUUCUGCCGAAAAUGUUAACACAGAAAGGACCUAAUUCUGGUAUCAUAAACAUUUCAUCUUAUACAGCUUUAAAAGUGACGCCCUACUUGACAAUUUAUCCUUCAACCAAAGCAUUCAUUAUUCAAUUCUCUAGAUGUCUGGCUGCAGAACAGUAUAGAAAGAAUGUGAUUAUACAAACGAUGUAUCCAUUAUUUGUAUCUACAAAUAUGACCGAUUUAAGAGAAGCCACAUAUUUCACACCAUCUGCUAAAGUCUAUGCUAAAAGUGCAUUGGAUAUGUUUGGUGUUGAACAACAAACCACUGGUUAUUUUCCACAUGAGUUAAAAGCAUUUGUAUACAAUCUAAUGCCAACAUCAUUGUGGGUAAAAAUAAUCGAACGUACGUUCACUCCAAUCAGUAGACAAUCGAAGAAGUUUGACUAACAUGAAUGUUGUUUUUCAACUUUCCUGAGAAACAGUAAAACCUCGAAAUGAAUAUUUCGAAAAUUUUACGAAUUUCUUUCCUAUUAGUUAAAUGUAAUUAUAUAAAUCCAUUCUAUACCGUAGUUUCUCAUUAGCUGCUUACAACCAAAUUGUUGUUAAAUUUUACAUUGAGAAUGAUACAUAUGAUAUAAUAAGGCCUGCUAUUGAUCAAUUAUCUACAAUUGCUUGUUUAGUGAAUAAUGUUGGUAUGGGAUUACCAUUAGAGUUAUUUACUGGUCAAAUGGAUUCACCAAAUGAAGAAUCAAUAAGAAAUAUCAUUCAUUGUAACAUUUUGUCUACAGUAAUGAUGACAAGUAUCAUUCUACCCAAGAUGUUAACACAGAAAGGACCUAAUCCUGGUAUUAUAAACAUUGCAUCUUAUUCAGCACUUAGAACAACUCCAUAUUUAACUGUAUAUUCUUCAACAAAAGCGUUUAUCAUACAAUUUUGCAAAUGUUUAAUUGCUGAAAAGUAUCAAAAGAAUGUGAUUAUACAAAUAUUAUGUCCAUUAACUAUCUAUACACCAAUGACUAAACAUGAAAAACCAUCAUAUUUUAAUCCAUCUGCUAAGUCAUUUGUUCAUAGUGCAUUAAAUAUGUAUGGUGUAGUACAACAGACUACUGGUUAUAUAUUACAUGAAUAUAAAGCUUAUUUCUUUGAUUUAUUACCAACAUCAUUGUGGAUAUUAUUGACAUAUGCUAGAGUGAAUGCACGUAAGAAAUAUGUAUAAUGGUAUAGUAUGGUAUGAUACUGUCCCGAUAAACAUAAUGAAUGGUAACUUUUGAGAUCCUAUUGAUGGACCAAUACUGUGCGUAUGUUUUUUUAUCAUAUAAUUGUUAAAUAACUAAACUAUUUAUAUUCAUAUUUUUCUUAUAAUGAGCUUUCUUUUGACUUAUGAACCAUUAUUAUACGUUUUACCAUUCUUGAAUUAUACCCAGUCUAUCAAUUACUACCUCCCAUACUCACAGCCACUUUUGGCUAAAUCUUGUACAAGUGUUGUUUCCUAUUUUUAUUGGUACGAUAUGGUCUGUCUGGUUAGUAUAUAAAUUCAGUAUGUUUGAAAUAAAUGAUUCAUAUUGCAGAGGCUGA